CCUGCAGGCAACCAACACCGUAGCUAAGUACAGGUAAGUACCUAUGCCAUCCCAAGUGUUGCAUCUACAAAAGAGAUAAUAAGCAGAUACCUGCAACAGUAAGAGCAUGGCGACCAACAACAUGUAACUUCUUACCCUUGAUUCAUACAUACUUACAAGUGUGAUGGUACGAUAUGUGACUCACGCCUGAUCUCUUUUGACCGCCCAGGCUCGUUUGUACAAGUUUCAUUCAUUUUGUCCAUUGAAUCAGGUAAUCGUCGGAAUAGGUAGACCAGAGCUGACAUAGCCCACCGGCUAUGGACUCAUUACCAUCUGAAUUGCUGUCAAGGAUAGCAUAUUUCCUUCCUUGUACACCUGAUCUGAUAUCUCUGCGCCUAGUAAACAAGCGCUUCGCAGCCAUAGCCUCGCGGCCACUAUUCGAGAUGCUCAGGUUCUCCGGCCGGCGACAGGAUGAACCCGCCAUCAUGAACUUUGGUCCCAACGAACCUGUACUCGAUCCCGGGCGUGUCGGGCGAACCAAGACCGUCGACUUCAGCAACUUGGCUGAAGCGGUUGACGAGGUCAUAGAUGGUUCCUUGGCGUGCCACACCAAGACCUUCGUUUUCGACCCCGCCUACUAUCGUCAGAAAUUCUGGCAGGAUUACUUGAUGCAAGUGGAAAAUGAGGAACAUGAGCCCGUCGAUGAGGCUGACUUCGAUCUCGAUGGCUACGAGGAUGAGGCCGACAUGGAAGCCGCAAUUGAGCGUGCCCUGGAGUGGCGGCGAGCGCGGCCGGACAGAGAGAAAGAUGUCCUCGAAUCCGCUCAAGCCAUGUGGGACAAGAAGAUUGCGGAACAGGAGCAGAACAAAGAGGCUGUUGAAGCCGCUCUCGCACGGCUCUUUCGUGUUAUGACAUGCCUCGAGAAAAUUGUGAUCAAGCCUUGGGAGUUCGAUGGGACCUUUAUUUUCCCAGACCUGGAAUCCUGCAAUUCUUACGAAAUUGACGUGCAACGCCGGGACUCAUUCCCCUGCACCUUUUUCCUCGAGGUCCUCGCGCGAGCACUCUACGCCGCGGACCGGAGAAUCAAGCAUUUGCACGUACAAGAAUUCUUCGUUGAGCAUCUUCAUGAUUCUCCUGCCAUACGCCAUGUGUUCACGGGUCUUCAACACAUUAGUUUGAACAUAACACACGUUGAGUUCCUAUAUGUGGGAGCUCAGAAGUCCGAGCUCCUUAUCGAGCUGUUCAAACAUGCCCAGCCAACUCUCCGGCGUCUGUCGAUCAUGGCAGGUGGUAAGUGGCCAAGCCUUCCUGCAAGGGGCACUCAUUCUCUGUUGAAGAUGGUGGGCGAUGGGACGGAUAAGAACGGCGGAAUGCCGCUCGUUUUCCCCCAGCUCGAAUUUUUUAAAUUAGGAGGCAUCAUUCUUGGCACACCACCACUCGUGCAGUUCUUUAAUGCUCAACCCAACUUGAAACAGUUGGAGUUCAGUCACAUAUAUCUUUCCACUAACGGUUUUGCAUGGCCCAACUUAAUAGAAGCACUUCCUGCGGCUGUUGAGAGAUGGACAGUGCGCGGAUACCUAGGCCACGAGCCUUUCCGGCCGCCAUUCGAUGAUGACGCCCCGGCAGCUUACAACUGGAUGAAAGAAUGGACCCUUUUAGAACAACUAAGUUUACCCGGUUGGAAAGGGGUAACGGGAGCGGACGGUCUUUACUUCGAGCGAGUGGUCUGAAGUAUUGGCCAUCUAACCUUGUCGGAAACUGCACAUAACCUAGUCACUACCAACUUCUCUAUCAUGUGGCUUGCUAGUCAUCUACGCCAUUUACUUCAUGCUUCGCCCCUUACUAAUUAUUUGAGCCUGGCUCUUCUACGUGAUGUACAUGGGGAACACAAUAGAUUCAUAUAACCGCGUCGUGCCUUAUUGGCAGAGCUCGUGAGUAUUGUCCAGAAAAUUUAACGAGUACCUUCGGAGGUUCGUUCGUUCUAGACCGUAUCUGAUAGCAAUUUCGUGACCCUCCUUUCUUACGUGUGUCAACUUACACAUCAUCUAGCUUCAACUAGGCUGAGACAAAGCUAUACCAUAUACACGUAGUAUCACUAAUCAAAAACCCCCUGAUUGCUAGAAAUUAUCUCAGAAAAGGCAAUAAUACCUGAUAAUUUUCAGUACCAGCACGUUUGCAGUAUCACCGCGCUGUGAAAUGAGGUCC